CCUGAUUCUCCUGCAGUGUCAGAACCGUGUGAUCUGUCCUGAGUCUGAUUGACCGAACUCUAACACCUGUCUCUACCCCUGACUGGAGUGAUUUUUAGAGACGAGGAUACAAGCCACGUCAUGGCGGAAGUGGAUGAAGGCCAGUUUUCUUUGCUGGGUCUGGAGGAUGAGCUGACCUGCAGCAUCUGUCUGAGCCCCUUCGACUGCCCUGUAACCAUCCCCUGCGGACACAACUUCUGUCAGAGCUGCCUCAACGUCACCUGGACAGACAGUUACAUCUGUCCCCAAUGUCGGACCCACUUUGCCACCAAACCGGAGCUGAAGAAGAACACGGUCCUCAGCACCGUGGUGGAGACCUUCAAAGGCAGAUCCGGCAUCAGCGAUGCCGGCAGCACCAGCCUGUCCAGGGAGCAGAGCCAGACCGAGGACAAGCCUGUCCCAGCCAUCCGCUGUGACACAUGCAUGGAAGCAGAAGCCUCUCAGACCUGUCUGACCUGCAUGGCUUCGUUCUGUGAGGAGCACCUGAGGCCCCACAAGGAGAACCCCAUCUUCCGCCUCCAUCAGCUGAGUGAGCCUGUCGGUGACCUGUCUGAGCGCAUCUGCCCUGACCACAACAAACUGAUGGAGCUCUUCUGCUGCCAACACAGCCAGCCCAUCUGCAGCCUCUGCCUCCAGCAGCUCCACAAAGGCUGCCCCUUUGUGUCUCCAGAGGAGCAGAGGAACAAGAAAGAGUCUGACCUGAGAGCUAAUUUGGACGUCCUGGAUGGGAAGAUUAUGAAGAAUGCAAACGUCUUAACUCAAAUGAAGAACUUGCAAGACACCCUUAAGGACUCGGCUACCAACAGGAAGAGGGCCAUGGCAGUGAAGUAUCAGCAGAUGCGGGAAAUGUUGGUCCAGGCGGAGCACGAAGCUAUGAAUGCAGUGGACCGGGAGGUGGAGACGGGCCAGACCAAACUCAGUGGCCUCAUGAAGAAGUUGAAUGAGAACAUUGAAAAAAUGAGCAAGGCUAAAGAAGACAUCCACAGUCAGCUGAAACAGACCCAAACCCUGGCCUUCCUCAAGGGUUCGUAUCAGCUGCCCCAAGCUGUGAACUUUGACCCAUACACCCCUCGAAUCAGCCUGGACUCUAAGAAGGUUUUGGCAUCACAGGCCUUUACUACUGCCCUGAAGGAAUAUCUGACAGAGCUUCUAAAUAGACCUGUUGAGGCCAGACUACCACUGUUUACAGCAGGUGAAAAGCCGACCUCAGCCUCAGGAUUUAAACCUUGGAGUUCUGGCCCUCAACAGGUUUAUGGCUUCACUCCAGAUAUGCUUUUGCCAGGACCUACAAAACUCCCAAGGUCUCACAGUCCAGGUCCAAAUUCUCAAGCUAAAGGGCAGCAAAAGAAGAAACCUCAGAAACCAAACAAAAAAACUUUGGAGCCUUCAGAAAUCAAUAUGGCAAUGAAAAAUCUAUCUCUUUCCAUGGAGCAACUGCCAGAAGUCAGGGAAAGUGACAAACCCAGAGGCCGUCCGGCUACAGCUAAACCCAAGGAGAAAUCAGAAACUGCAGACAUUCCCCCAACCAUGAUAUCUGCUGAAAAAAGAAACGAACUUCUGAAGUAUGGUACAGUCCUCACUUUUGAUGAGAAGACAGCCCACAAGCGCAUCAUGCUGUCUGAGGGCUUUACAAAGGCUUCUGUGACAGAGCACAUUAACUACCCCGACUGCCCAGAGCGCUUCGCUGUCUGUUCUCAGGUACUUGCCUCCAAGGGCUUUUCUAGAGGCCGCCAUUACUGGGAGGUGAAGCUGAGCUGCAAUAACUUCAUCGGUAUCGGUUUAGCUUACGGCACCAUGAACCGCAAAGGUCCCACGAGUCGCCUGGGUCGCAAUGACCAGUCCUGGUGUGUGGAGUGGUUCAAUGUGAAACUGUCGGCUUGGCAUAACAGCAGUGAGACGGUUCUGGUCAAUCCCAACCCGAAGCGUGUAGGUGUGCUGCUGGACUGUGACGGCGGCACUGCCACCUUCUAUAACGUGGCGGACAGGGCUUAUCCUUUCCACUCAUUUGUGUUCCCCUUUGCCAGUGCCGUGUAUCCAGCCUUCUGGAUUUUCUCCAGUGGCUCUUCUGUUUCUCUGUGUAAGCUGCAGGGAUAAGAUACACAUGCACAUGCACACAUGUUUCCACAUAGGCACACAACUGUACACACCUAAGGGGUUUUGGUUUUUGGUAUGCAACACUUGUUUGAUACUUAAAGAAGAUAAUUCCCUCUUCAUUUUUGGAAACCAAUUGAAAUCCACAAAAACAUACUAAAUUAGCUGAUAACUCCUCCCCUAAAUUUGCAGAUAACUCCUCCCCUAAAUUAGCUGAUAACUCCUCCCCUGAAUUAGCUGAAAACUCCUCCCCUGAAUUAGCUGAAAACUCCUCCCUUAAGUUAGCUGAUAACUCCUCCCCUAAAUUAGAUGAUAACUCCUCCCCUAAAUUAGAUGAUAACUCCUCCCCUAAAUUAGCUGAUAACUCCUCCCCUAAGUUAGAUGAUAACUCCUCUCC